CCCGCCCCUUCAAACAAAGGAUCCAGUUUCAGACAUUCUUGUCAGCAAACAGAUAUCACACUGAAGUGUCCUUGGCUAAGACAGUGAAUCUCUAAUCACUCUAGGGUGCUGACACUGAUACCUUACAUUACCCUGAAUUAAGACCCAUUUCAAUUCCUUACUUUACCAAAAGCACACAUCUGCUUUUUUACAGAACAGGAAGAAUGUGAAUUGGAACUUGAUGAUGAUAAUGAAACAAUCAUGGACAUAUUUCAUUUAAAAAAUGGAAGUGCAUGUGAAUAUGACCUAAAAAUGGGUAACAUUAUACCGCCAUCUAGGGAGAGCUUUGGUAAAAUUACUUAGACAAGUAGUCAGUGUUGUGCUCCCUCUGUUUGGGCAGAUUAGGAAUUACAGGUGAGCAAACACAAACUAGCCACUCUCAAACCAGUCAGAUCAGUCUUUAUUUAUUCCAUUUUUUGCCCUGAAUGUGAUGCUGUUACUUUGAUGUUAAUAUAUUAAUGUUUGUACAUGUUUGUGUGUGUGUGAGGGUCAUAAUGACUUCCAGCACUCCCUUUUCUUUAUCAGCUGGAGGAGAUAUCAGCAUUUUGUAUGCCUAACAUUUUGAAGGUCAUGCCACAGUAUCUUUCCCUCUCACACAUACACGCAAAUUCAAAACCCAUUGUUCAGCCAAGCAGAAAAGAUUAAAAAAAGUCAACAAAAUAUGAGCAGCAGUUGACUCAGUUCUUGUGAAGCAGUGAGCUUAUGACCAGCCGUCUCUUUUCCCACUCUGAGGUUUCCUGUUAUUCUGAUAAAUUUCACGAUGUGGUCUUCGAAAACGUGGCAGAAGAUAAGUAUCUCUGAUUGGUCCAACCUGACCCUUCAUCUGGAGGAGUCCCUGACCAGUGCUUUGGGCCACUAUCUUGACAACUGGAGGCGUAAUGUGACAGCUGCAGCCAACGCUUUAGACAAGACACUGGCUGAGGAGAACGUCAGGGACGUCAUCUGGUAUCUGGCAGUGAUGAUCGGCAUGUUUGCCUUCAUUAUUGUGGCCAUACUGGUGAGCACAGUCAAAUCCAAGAGGAGGGAGCACUCUGAUGACCCCUACCACCAAUACAUCAAGGAGGACUGUGAGUGAGGUUAUAGGUUAUAAAUUUGCAGUUUGAUAAUGUAGAUAAAUAUUUAACUCACUGCAAAUCGUCUUUAUAAUCAGUUAUAGAAGCAACAGGGUAACAUACUGAACAAUGUAUGUCUUUUCUAUUUAAGAGAAUGUUGCACAUGCGAGUCAAAUUUGUAAUCAGAGUAAUGUAAAUGUAUGAUUGAUUUUGUAUAUUUAAGUUGUGGUUUAGCUCUAAUUAGCUUGGUUUAGCUUUAAUCCAUUACUGUCAAUUAGACAUUGGGAAAAUGGCUCCCUUAUGUCUGUUGCCCUCCCCCCACAACCAUGUCAAAUAAAAUCAUUAGAACCACCACACCAUCACAUUCCCAAUGUGUUAAUUGGAUCUUAUUUUAAACCCCACUGUUUAUAUAUAUAUGGAAGUUAUUAUGGUUUACUACUCAC